CUCAGUCGGGGGAGCCCUGCGCGGUGCUCGCGAGUCGCUUCUGAGGUGAGGCCCGCUUCAGGGGCGACGGUAGGGCCCUGGCUCCAGGCCGGGCUCGGGUCGCGGCGGCGGGGUGAGUGGCGCCUCAAGGAACCUAGAAAGAUUGUGCAAUGAAUGGGGAUACUCGAGCUGCAGUGGUGACCUCACCGCCCCCAACCACCGCCCCUCAUAAGGAGAGAUACUUCGACAGAGUGGAUGAAAAUAAUCCAGAAUACUUGCGGGAGAGGAACAUGGCCCCGGACCUUCGCCAGGAUUUUAAUAUGAUGGAGCAGAAGAAGAGGGUGUCCAUGAUUCUGCAAAGUCCUGCUUUCUGUGAAGAAUUGGAAUCAAUGAUACAAGAACAAUUUAAGAAGGGGAAGAAUCCCACAGGACUAUUGGCAUUACAACAAAUUGCAGAUUUUAUGACCACGAAUGUACCGAAUGUCUACCCAGCAGCUCCGCAAGGAGGGAUGGCUGCCUUAAAUAUGAGUCUUGGUAUGGUGACUCCUGUGAAUGACCUCAGAGGGUCUGAUUCAAUUGCAUAUGACAAAGGAGAGAAGUUAUUGCGGUGUAAAUUGGCAGCAUUUUAUAGACUAGCAGAUCUCUUUGGGUGGUCUCAGCUUAUCUACAAUCAUAUCACAACCAGAGUGAGCUCCGAACAGGAACACUUCCUCAUUGUACCUUUUGGACUUCUUUACAGUGAAGUGACAGCAUCCAGUUUGGUUAAGAUCAAUCUACAAGGAGAUGUAGUUGACCGUGGAAGUACUAACCUGGGAGUAAAUCAAGCUGGCUUCACAUUGCACUCUGCGAUUUAUGCUGCACGACCAGAUGUUAAGUGUAUUGUGCACAUACACACACCAGCAGGGGCUGCGGUCUCUGCGAUGAAAUGUGGCCUGUUGCCAAUCUCUCCAGAGGCACUUUCCCUUGGAGAAGUGGCUUAUCAUGACUAUCAUGGCAUUCUGGUUGAUGAGGAAGAAAAAGUUUUGAUUCAGAAAAAUUUGGGGCCUAAAAGCAAGGUUCUUAUCCUCCGGAAUCACGGGCUUGUAUCAGUUGGAGAGAGUGUGGAGGAGGCCUUCUAUUAUAUCCAUAACCUUGUGGUUGCAUGUGAGAUCCAGGUUCGAACUCUGGCCAGUGCUGGAGGACCCGACAACUUAGUCCUGCUGGAUCCUGGGAAGUACAAAGCUAAAUCCCGUUCCCCGGGGUCUCCGACAGGGGAAGGCACCGGAUCGCCUCCCAAGUGGCAGAUUGGUGAGCAAGAAUUUGAAGCCCUCAUGCGGAUGCUCGAUAAUCUGGGCUACAGAACUGGUUACCCUUAUCGAUACCCAGCUCUGAGAGAGAAAUCUAAAAAAUACAGCGAUGUGGAGGUUCCUGCUAGUGUCACAGGUUACUCCUUUGCUAGUGACGGUGAUUCAGGCACUUGCUCCCCUCUCAGACACAGUUUUCAGAAGCAGCAGCGAGAGAAGACAAGAUGGCUGAACUCUGGCCGGGGGGAUGAAGCUUCUGAGGAAGGGCAGAAUGGAAGCAGUCCCAAGUCGAAGACUAAGGUGUGGACGAACAUUACACACGAUCACGUGAAACCCUUGCUGCAGUCUCUCUCGUCCGGUGUCUGCGUGCCAAGCUGUAUUACCAACUGCUUGUGGACUAAAGAGGAUGGACAUAGAACUUCCACCUCUGCUGUCCCUAACCUGUUUGUUCCAUUGAACACUAACCCAAAAGAGGUCCAGGAGAUGAGGAACAAGAUCCGAGAGCAGAAUUUACAAGACAUUAAAACGGCUGGCCCUCAGUCCCAGGUUUUGUGUGGUGUAGUGAUGGACAGGAGCCUUGUCCAGGAUGCACCCCUCUCUGACUGUACGGAAACUAUCGAAGGGCUCGAGCUUACAGAGCAGACCUUUAGUCCUGCUAAGUCUCUCUCUUUUAGAAAGGGGGAGCUGGUAACAGCCUCCAAGGCCAUCAUUGAAAAAGAAUACCAGCCCCAUGUCAUCGUGAGCACAACAGGCCCCAACCCUUUCAACACGCUCACAGACCGUGAGCUGGAAGAAUACCGAAAGGAGGUGGAGCGGAAGCAGAAGGGCUCGGAAGAGAAUCUGGAUGAGACUAGAGAACAGAAAGAAAAGAGCCUUCCAGACCAGUCUGCCAUCCCCCACACUCCACCCAGCACUCCUGUCAAGCUUGAAGAAGACCUUCCGCAGGAGCCGACUUCCGGAGACGACAGUGAUGCUGCCACCUUCAAGCCAACUCUCCCUGACCUGUCCCCUGAUGAGCCUUCAGAAGCACCUGGCUUCCCAACAUUAGAGAAGGAGGAGGAAGUCUUUCUUCCCCCGAGCCCCUCCAAGCCUCCCACUGUAGCCAGCCCAGAGCCAGCCCCCUCCCCAGCAGCUGAAGAAGCUGCCUCCCCAGCAGCUGAGGAGGGGGCUGCUGUGGACCCAGGCAGUGAUGGGUCUCCAGGCAAGUCCCCGUCCAAAAAGAAGAAGAAGUUCCGUACCCCUUCCUUCCUGAAGAAAAGCAAGAAGAAGAGUGAUUCCUGAAGGUCCUUCCUGUACCACCUGUUGUGUCUGAGCAACCUGGCCCUGCCAGAGCCCCAAUGCAUCUCAUGUGCUGCCCUCUUGUGUAAUGGAAUGCAAACGCCAAGCCCUCCGUGUAGCUAGAGCUCCCCACUUGCGCGUGACCAGGCCAAUGCAGACAUUGUUAGCCAAGCUAGCAGCCCCCAGCCUCAGGUUCUGGGGGAGACAUGCUCUUCCCACAGGGUUGGGGGGAUGCUAAAUCAUGAUCCUGGCUGGAAGGUGGUGGCUUCUGCCAGCUCUGGUUACAGGCUUCACCCGCCUGAGCCUUUACCUUCUCUUCUCUCCUUCCUGCCAUGAAAUAACACAUUUUCUGUCUCUGCUCGGUUUCCCUUCUGCCCCAAGGUGUCUCAGGUGACUGAAUCAGACUCAUGGCUUUCUGCUGGCAUUAUCUGCUUAAUGAUCUCACUUUAUUGCUGUAUACAAAGCCUUGGUCCUGUGAAAACACUUGCAUGCCCACCAAUGUGGUUGCGUUGAAGAGGUGGGUUUGGGUGGCUGCUGGACCAGAAACCCCAGCCACAAAUGGGUCUUUGUACACCCACCCCAAUGCUAUGCAUGGUCUGACUGAUUUCCACUCGACCAAAAACAGAUUCAGGAGCUCAGUUUCUUAAAGGUAUAUCAGGAAGGGGAAGAGUCCUUUCUAAAAUUUUGUUUCUGCAGGUUUGCAGUUCAGCGUUUUUAAAUUGUAGACACAGGCUGCUUUUUGCUUGCUUUUUCUUUCUAGAGCCAGUGGCAUACUACAGCACGAUACUAUUCACCUACUUUGGGGGAGGUUUUAGAACUGAGUUGGGGUCUAGUCUCACUUUUACUUAACCUGAAAGAUGCCCUGGUUUUGACACACGCAAUCUCAAGGGAGCAGUCUACCCUGGUGGUCCACCUAACACCUAACAUCGUUCACGGAGCCCCUUACUUGCUCUCCUCAGUUGACACCAUUGUAAAUUUUCACUUAGCAUCUCUGAAAAAGGGGCUUGAAGCUGCUUGGCAAGAACUGGUAAGUGACCAGAUGGAAUAUUAGAGGGUGACCUACUCCAGGAGCUGCCUAGUGCCACCCUGGCUAGGUACAGGCAAGCCUGCUUGGGCUCCAGACAGGACUCACACCAGGGGAGAAGCCACUGGUUAGCUGGUGUCAGACAUGGGUGCAGGUGUGUGCCGGGUGGGCUGAGCCACCGUGGGUCCCUCUGACUUGGAAUCCAGAGCACUUGAGGCUGCUGCACAGCACUGCCACAGCUUUGAGCUUCCUGAACCCGCAGGGCCUGCUGCAUUGGCACGCUGCUGCUCUGUGUGUGUCAUUCUGAUGCCCAGGUGGUAUUAGAGUUUUCACGUAACUGUGGACUCUUCCUUUCCCCUCCUUUUAUCCCACAUAUGCAAUGACUUUUAAUUUCCACUUUUAUAGUUUAAUUCUUUGUAUGACAACAAUGGAAUAUAGUUGCAUAUAUGGACAUAGACUUGGGAGGUCAGGUCCUGUCCUUUCUUCAUUGUAACAUGUUUUACUCACAAAUAAACUUCUUUAAGCAGA